AUUUUGUAGAUCCAUUUGUGAUAGACAUAAGUGAAUCCUCGUAUAAUUUUCUCCAAAUUAUUGUACAAAUUUACGAACCAAAAGCCUUUCGUCCAAUCCGCUGCGGCAGAGAUUCAUUUAUAUGCAUCUGUCAGGAAUUUGAACCAAUAAAGUAUCAGUAGGCGUGGCCAACUCCUCCGCCCGGUUUGAAAGCUUCGUCGGCUUUUAGUCUGUUCACAGUAGAAUGGCGGCCGCAGCCUGCGGUUAUAGUGAUUGUCCAAGUACUAAUUCAGCGAAACCACACAAAGAACACCUGCGAAAAAGCCGGGACUCCCGUCGGAGACAAGCGGCCCUGUUAUUUCUCAACAACAUAUCUUUGGACGGACGACCGGUUUUCAAUCUAAGCAGCGGAAUCGUUAGCCCCAGGGAAGCCGAGAACCGGUGUGUAGAUGUCGGAGCGACAGCGGCGACGGGUCCCCCUCUGUCCACAACCAGCAGCUACGGAACCUUCACCCAAGUGUCAUCCUCCAUCAGCGGAGGAGCUGCUACCCCUUUCCCGUGGACUAACACCUGCCCUGCUCCUCUUCAAUUUAAUAUAGGGAAUAGCGACGUUUUCACGGAGGAUGGAAGAGCAGAUCCUUUGUCAGUACAGGGACCCCCGCUUUCACCGACCUCUGGACCGUUGAAUCCCCUUUUAGGAUCCAGCAAAUCGCCCAGCCAGUUCCUGGGCUCUAACCCCUUGCCUGAUCCCCGACAAAGGACUCGUAACCUGUCUGGGUCCCCGGGGCCAAAGGUUUCCAAGAAGGUGCACUUCAUCAAGAACAUGAGACAGUAUGAUACGCGAGGUAGCAGGGUUGUGCUGAUCUGUGCCAAGAGAUCCCUGUGUGCUGCUUUCUCUGUAUUGCCCUAUGGAGAGAGCUAUCACAUCAGUGACUCAAAACUAGAAGCCCAGAGACAGAGGCACUCUUCUGGUGGGGGAGGAGAUAUGGUCCCUGGGCUGGAGGGAGUGGAGGUGGACUUUGGAAAGACAGUAUCAUACGCCCGCUUCCUUCUCCCAACUAAUGCCUUGGUCAGGCAAAAGAGCAGUGGCCCAUCUGAUCCCAGUACAGCCCAGACCCCCAUGUCUCGAAACCGCAUCAACACCCAGAAGAGCUUCACCCCCUCACGUAUCAACAGCACCAUUGGGCAAGACGCUGGUGUGGAUGAGCUUUCAGACUAUGACCCCAACUUACUGAGUGACCCCCAGUGGCCUUGUGGGAAGCAUAAACGGGUCUUGAUAUUUGCGUCCUAUGUGACAACAGUUAUUGAAUAUGUGAAACCAUCUGACUUGAAGAAGGACAUGAACGAGACAUUCAAGGAGAAGUUUCCACACAUAAAACUGACCCUUAGCAAGAUUAGAAGUUUGAAAAGGGAGAUGCGAUCGGUGAGUGAAGAGUGUGGCCUACAGCCAGUUACCAUAGCAAUGGCCUAUGUUUACUUUGAGAAGCUGGUUCUGCAGGGACGACUGAACAAGCACAACAGAAAGCUGGUGUCUGCUGCCUGCGUUUUACUGGCUGCCAAGAUUAGCAGUGAUCUCAAGAAACAAGAAGUCAAGCAACUGAUUGAUAGGUUGGAGGAGCGCUUCCGAAUAAAUAGCAAAGAGUUGAUUUCCCUAGAGUUUGCUGUUCUGGUUGCCAUGGAGAUGGCACUGUACCUCCCCGACAGCAAGGUCAUGCCUCACUAUCGCAGACUGGUACAGCAGGUCUAAACUUGAGUGGACCCUCAUGAGGUGCCCUUAGAGCACAGAGAUGUGAUUCUGAGCUGAGGUGAUUCUGGAAGUUUUUUUGUAUUAUUUAUCAAUUCAACAAAUCCCAGAUUAUUAGUUUUCUCACUGCUAUGUCUAGUGGUCUCAGAACACUUGUUUACUUCUUCAUGAAACUGACUGUAUAAAUCAUACAGGUGUUUAGAGAGAGGCUUACUUCAAGCACUGAGUUUGGGUGAACUGAUAGUUCAAGAUUGUGUCAUUAUUUAAUAACCCUCAUGUUGUCCCAAAUCUGGCUUCUAAUGUGGAACAUUGAAAGGAGAUUUUAGGGAGAAUGUUAGCCUCAGUCAUUAUUCACUUUCAUUGUAUAGGAAAAAAAAAAAUGCAAUGAAAGGGAAUGGUGAUUGAGGAUGUUAUUCUGCCUAAUAUCUACUUUUGUGUUCCAUAGAAGAAAGUCAUAUGGUUUAUGAACAACAUAAUGGUGAGUAAAUGAUGACAGAAUUUUUUAACCUUUUAAGUUUUUAUACCAUGUAAUUUUUUUUAAUACAGCAAACAUUUGUCAAACGUUAAUUUUUCAAAUAUUUUUUAAGCGUUGUAUUGAUGCAUUAUUUAUGUAAUAUGUUAUUUAUGGAUGACAUUAGUUUUAUUACAUAUUAUAACUUAUGGAAACGGAAUGUUAUAUUUUUUAUGACUCUUGAAUGGUUAUUUUUUAUGGCUUGAGUGGCGAUUUGGGGUAUGUGUGGCAUUCCGAUGUGUAUCCAUCCAGGCACUCUAUGUUAGAGAUGACAUUUAACAGGCACAUUAAUCGUGCUCCUGUGGUUGUGCUUAUUGUUUUUCUCCCAGUUGUUUAACAUUUGCCAACUAUAGACUGUGAUUUCACAGUGGAAUGAGUGGAUUAAGGUGGAAUGUUAAGGAGGUUUUUUAGGUACUGUUGAAAUUGUGAGUGCCAUUUUCAGCUGUUUGUCAAAUGUUUAGAGAAACUGAACUGUUUACCAGUUGUCUUCAUUAUAGAUGCAAGUGUUUUCAAUGUCUUGAAUCUCGAAAGUUUAUAAUUUUAAGACUUUAUUUAUGCACAACUGUGCCAAUUACAGUAAUGAAAUGUGUUUAAUUUGUACGGCCCUAUUGUGUACUAUAUAUCUUUAUGUGCAAAGUGGAUUAAGCACGUGUUGCAAACUGUAGAUUUGACAAAUUACUCCACAUGUAUAUUCUGCUGUUUGUUCACAGAGGAUCACCUCCAUGACAAUGAACAGUUAGUCUGUUUUUGUGUUGUGCAGUGUUGAAUAUGAGCUAACAUGUAUGAAUCUUUCUAGUUGGUGUUCAUACAAUGUUGUCUUAUCUUUUUCUCUAAAAUCCUGCAAUCCUUAGGAGUGUUCUGUGUUUACUCUGAACCUGGACAGUAUCAUAUUAUGGAGCAUUACUAAUUAAUCAAUCACUAUGCAACAUUUAUUUUUUACAUCUGAUUUCAGCAGCAUAAUUUGAUUUAUGACUAUCAGCCAUUUCACUCCUGGAGAAGCUGUUGACUAAUUUGCCUGUUUAUUUUUUGGUAGCUGAAGCACACAACUACCAUCUAGUGGUGGUCUUUUAAAUGUGAUGGAUCUGAUUCUGUGUGUUGCAUUUGCUCCUUUGCUCAUAUUUUAGAUUGCAAAUUAUCAGCUGUGAGAGGAUAAUUGAAUCAGAGAGAAUUAUGGGUAAUCACACUUCAUUUUUCCUUGGUAUAAAUCUUCACAAAUGAAGUGCCUUUUCUAUUACAUUUGUAAUGCUGCUAUACCAUUUUCCACAUCACCACUUUAAUCACUUUGAACAUUUUACUUAACAGCUUAAUAUGAAUUUUGGUGUAGAUGAGGAUGGAAAACUUUGAUGUAUUGAAAUACAUUUACCCCUGUGAUACUUCCAUGGAAGCCUUUGAAGAUCUAGAACGGUAGAAGCACUGUGAGAGAAUCCUGUGAAAUUCUGCAUGAUUACUUUUUUUUGUGGGUGUGUUUGCGUCUCUAAAUCUCUUCCAAAUAACUUUGUUUUUUUUUUUUAAGUAUGUCCUGUUGUAACAAUAUGUCAGAGACUUGUGUGUUAGUUUGCACAGAGUCCUAUCUUUUGUGCUGUGUAGAUGCUGUGAUUUUGUCAUAUAUUCUUCGGACUUUAUAUUUAUAAAAAUGUUUAUAAUUGUUCUUUGUGUCAUGAAAGAUUGUCACACUUUAUACACCAAAAAGUGAUUUAC